AUGGCAACCCGGAAAAACUUAUGGCCAAUUUUUGCCUGCAGUCAACUCCCGAUCGACCUCUUUAGCAGCAGCACAAAAUUUGGGAUACGAAUGACGUCCAUUUAUAGCCAUUUCACGCCCUUGUCUCUCUUGUUAACCUCGCGGUCAUUCCAAAUCCGAAAGGACCACGCAAUGUUCCGAUACCUCGCUGCUCUGAUUCUCGUCGCCGCCUUGGCGGCGUUUACGAACAAGUCCGUUGAUGCCCGCGUGGUCCACCCCAUCGUCGGCCCCGUCGUCGGCCCCGACCUCGAGGCCGCCAGCCCAUCUCCCGCCGAUGACGACGACGGCCGUCGCCUGAUCGGCACCACCGGCCACGAUGAACUCGUAGCGUUAUGCCAACAGAUGCACUACAAGACGUUGUGCACCACGAUGACGACGCUGCCCGGGGUGACGACGCCGGAGCAGCUGCUGGACGCGUCCCUGCGGAUCACAGCGGUGAAGGCGGCGAUGGCGGAGACGAAGCUGGACGAGGCGAUAAAGUCGGGCGGCGCCCAGGGUAACCCUAUGAUGUCGUCGCUGGAGACGUGCAAGGAGAGCUACGCGUCGCUGGUGGACUCCAUCAAUACCUCGCGGGACACGCUCAAGAACGGCGGCAGCAACGCGGACCUCAUGACGGAGCUGUCCGCGGCGGCCACCUACUCCACCGACUGCGAGGACACCUUCGAGGAGCGGCCGGAGCUCCAAUCGCCCAUACCCGGGGCGCAGCGCCACAUCAGCCGCCUCGUCAGCAACUGCCUCGACCUGGCAGCCACCAUCAAGGAGCAGCCCUAG